AUGCCGCUGCGCGCGAGGUUCCCACCUGUGGGAUGCAACAUGAACGACGCUGGCUACCCUUUCCGGGGAGAAUACAAAAUGGAGCCGCCGCUCAACCACGGACACACGGGGGCGCUUCGAACGGGUUCUACCGUCCUCACGCUCCGCAUAACGGGUGCCAACCUCGUCAUUGAGAAGCUACAACAGGGAAAGGGACAGAAGUUGCAUUGCGAACUCGGCGUGGACAACGGCCCAACAAGGACAGUCGUCUUCCCAUUCGGCGGCGGUGCUGUACCCGUGCCUGGCGACGGCCGCGAGUAUCACCUCAAUGCCGUGGUGCAGGGAGGGGGCGUGAAGCACCAGUGCAAGCUUAUUUUGAGCGGAAGCGAGGGGAAAAGUGUCCUGCGGCUGCGAGCACCGCCAGAUCCUCGGCUCACAGAUAGCAUUAUCUUAACUAUAGACGGACGGAGAAUACGCCCCUGCGAGGGCUGGUAUGAGAUUCCCAUUCAAGCCAAAGAGUGUUCCUUGGAGAUGGCGGAAAUGGAGUAUCCACGGCGUGUCUCUCCGUCACUUGCAGCCACACAAAUACCAUCCGCUGCCACCUUUUUGCUUCAAACCACCGCCGGAAAUGAAGACAACGUCGUCCUCUUCUGCAGUGGGAGCGGUGAGGCUCUUCCCCUCACACCCAACCGUGCCGUAUCUGUUGCAGUGGAAAGUGGUCCUUUUACCUUUCAACUGCCCCGUGCCCCAGCAACACAGCAGUUUCUCCCCCCUGGAGCCUUUACCUCGUCAUAUGAUGAGCCUGUGGCAACGGAUCUUUCUGAACCUCGUGUUCCAGAGCUUGAGACGAUGUGUGUGGCAGCCCCCCCUGGCGAUGCCUCACCACCAACGUUUGUCGCCACUGCUGAAGGCUUUAUGAUUGAAUUGAUUGGAGACAAUGGGGCGUCUUCGUCGGGGUAUGGAACUGCCCAACUUCGUCUUCCUGAUAGAAGCGAGCACCGUGUUCGUACCAUUCUCAGCGAUCCUUCCGGCCGCCAGCUUCUCCGUCAGAGUACGGUGGUACCGUCGACGGAACGAGCCUCUUUGGGCUUCAGCAUUGCGGAGAGUGCGCAUGGGGCACGCUUCAUCACUGGAAAGCAUCCUUGCCGAAUAAGCGUCGACAAUCAUCCACCCGUCAGUGGUGAUGCCGGGGUGUACGUAGAUAAAGACGCGCCUCAUGUCGUAACCGUGCGCGAUGACGGCUUAUCCGCUGUGUUUGAGAUUGGGCCACAACGAGGCCCGUAUCCUCAACCCAGCGCAGCAGCUCCCACAGAGGUUGAACCGUGGAUUGCAGAGCUUGCGAAGGCCCUGCAAAGCUCCGAUCUCGACACUGCGCGGCGUGGGAUUCAAGGCAUCCUUCCAACCACCCCUGAAGCUGUAGCUAUUUGUGGCUUCGUGUCUGAGCAGUUAUUCAGAAAACCACCCACAUUAUCCUUCAACAAGAGCAACGACACCGUGAAUGAGAUUCAGUGUCCGGGGUACGGCAUCACAGCCGCUGUGGACAAUGCGCCACCCUGUACAAUUGCUGCAGGCGGAAGUGUGCAAGUGCCGGCAGGUCACAGUAUAACCUUGACUGCUGUGACACCCCCCAUGGGACGUGCGGUAGCCAGUUGUUGCUUGCGCCAUCCACCGCCAGAUAAAAACUUAGAUGAGCUACUUGUUGCCCGGAUGCUUGAGACCUUUCAGAGGCACAGUGCGAAUCCAGACAAGGUGAUCUCAGAGCUGUCAAAUAUCACGUCAGCUCAAUCUGUUAAUGGUCAGCGACUUUUACCGCUUCUUAUUGACUGUUUGCGUCGCCUGACAAGUUUGCUUCAACGGCCCAUUUAUUUUAGGGCUGCAGAGGAUCCUGAAAGCACGCAACUGUUUAUCAGCCUCGAUGACAAGCAACCAAUGCAACUCUCACCCCACUCCACGACAGAGGUGCCGCGUGAGACGAACAAUGUUCGCGUGUCACUGCACCGGCCCUCCUUGCCUGUGCCACCCUCGCGAAAUGAACUUGCCAAGGCUCUGGUGGAUGCUUUUUAUCUUCCAUCACCGCCACCGCUUCCGGUCCGUUGGGGAUCCAUUCCCACAGAAGUUCCAGAAGAGAGGGCUCUGCUGGAUUUACUGCUACAACUUUUACGUGAUCAUGAGAACGAGCUGGUGCGGCGGUGUGCCCAAGGGGGUGCUGUAAGUUUAACAGACGCUCUUCAAUUUACCUGUGAGGGUGGCUGCCUGAAAAAUGUUCGAACGGAGAGGCCGUGCCGACUAAGUGUGGAUGUGGAUGGAACUGGUUUCAUGAACCUAGAACAAGGUGGCCAGAUACCGCUGGGAUACGAGUUUCCUCCUGGCUCUGUGCAUCGUAUUCAGAUUUUAGCACGUGACCCUGUAAGUGGUGCGCCUUGUGCUGAAACCCUAGUCACGUUGAUGGCUCCAGAGGUGGCAAAAAUGCCUCAACAAGUGGCUACUCCAGUUUCCUGCUUUUUGGAUGCCAGUGUUUUGCAACUGCAAGAGGAAGUACAACUUCGACUCGUAUGCCCUCAACACCUUCAUAUUGUUUGUGAAGUGGAUGGGAAUGGCUGUGGCAACACUUGGAAAGCGGAGUUUGUUGCGAAGAUGAGUGCUGCACGUCCACAUAACGUGAAAGUGCGGUUGCUUGACGGUGCUGGGGGCGUGGUGUUUGAGCAACGCCUUGCUUUACCCCCAAUGAUGUCGCCCUGUUGGUCUGUCGGGCUUGACACUGCAUCGCUGCAUGUGGAUGCCGUUAAUGGUGGUGGUGGAACUCUUGUCAAGGCCUCCUUGGAUCGAUCGCCUGAGAGGGAACUGAGCGCCCCCUUGUCUUUCGACAGCAAUGCCCCACAUUCUAUUUUACUGCGCAGGUAUUCUUUGGGACAGCAGACGUGGGACGCGUACGCUGGAGAACUCGCCCUGCGCAUCCCCGCCUUUGUCAACCCUGCGCACGUCGAGGACGUCUCCCGCGUGUACCGAACUCUCCAACCAGGUGGGAAUGAGGAGCUGCGCACUCGCCUCACGGAGCUUCGCUCCCGCACCCCGUCCAGCGUCGUGCAGGAGCUUAUUUCUGCGCUCAUAGAAUCUUUGACGGGCUCCCCUCGUGCCGGCCGCGGCAACGACAGCGAUGUUCACAUCCACUUCAGGCUCAGCGGAGAUGAGUCGUCCUUUGUCCGCUGA